CUAUACACUUUCUUCGUUCGUUUGCGUUCCUCCCCCUCUCCCCUUUCUUUGAUUUUCUCGCCAUCUGAACAGAAUCUGGAUGUAAAAAUUUCAUCAGAAACUGACGAAUGUUGGGGCAAAUCCGAAGCUGGAAGAGGUGCAAUCGGAAGAUUGUGGAGUGAAAUUGGACGGGAUAUAUCACAGAGAUUUUAAGUUUUUCAUCUUCUGCAAAUCUAGAAGAUCUGUUUCCUCAGCGGCCUCCUCGUGACCUUCCAGCAGAAGAUUAUCAGGAAAUCCAGGAUGCAGCUCAUAUAAACCAAAAAUGGAAAGAGAUUCGUGGAGUAGACUUAACGGCAAAACUAACGCCGUCACCAGUCCCAGAGAAAUCGCCGGACCAAACGCACAAAUCCCUAGAGCUGGUAGCUCUGAUCUAACGAGACAAUCGACGUCAUCCGAAUUGGUACCGCAGUGGGGGAACCGGAAACGGCUCAGAUGCAUGAAGGUGCUAGCGAAGGACGAAAGCAUCGGUUCCGCUCCCCGAUUCGACCGGCCGGUCCUGACCUCCCCACCCGGCAAUGGUUAUUCUAAUCUCCGUCAACGAUCGCAUUCGCUUGUCCCUCCCGUGUCUCACCGUAUUCUCCGGAAUCUUGAGAAUUCUGGCGCCAUGAGAGGACAAAAAAACAAUAGCAUCAACGAUUCCAACGCAAAUAAACCCGACGGGGCGGCGCACGAUAGCAAGAAGGGAGGCGGAGAAGCGGCGGUUUGGCCGGGGAGGUUCAUGAUCGGUCUGACAAACAAAGAGAAGGAAGAAGAUUUCUGGGUGCUCAAAGGGUCUAAACUCCCUCAACGGCCAAAGAAACGUGCCAAGCUCAUCCAACGAACACUCAACCUUGUGAGCCCAGGAACAUGGCUCUGCGAUCUCACACUGGAGAGGUAUGAAGUUCGAGAGAGAAAAGCCUCCAAGAAGAGACCCAGAGGUUUGAAGGCAAUGACUACUAUCGACUCCGAAUCCGAAUAAAUGGUAUAUACCGAUGGACGCAUUUUCUUUUAUUCCUUUUUUACAGAGUCUAUACCAUGUUAAUUAAUUUGUAUCCUUCCACUCAUAAAUAAUACGUAAUCAAAUUUAUAUAACUA